AUGAAUUCAGUGACAAAGUACUCGACACUAAUCGCCCAUUAUCUGGAACUAUACCGAAACCAAAGUAUAUUAAGCUGUGACUCGAGCGCCCCGAAGAACCUACAGCUCCGGGAGGGCUGUCUGGCCAUUACGGCCACUCACGAGUCGGCA